CCCUCCAUUGGUAUAGAUGCUGGCCGGACCUGCUCCCUGUGUCAGUCAGCAGCCUUACAUGCUGAGGUUAAGUCCUAAGCAAGCUACUACCUUAGUGAAGUCAUCCAUUAUUGUGCUAAGACAUUAAGAUAGGCAUGAUGAUCCUUAGAAUAACUGUCCUGCUGCUGGUUGGGAUUGUAUUCAUCAGCUACAGCUUGUCACAGAGAAUUAGAGAAAGUAAGCAGAAUCUGAGGGUUCGCAUCAAUGUCACCGAAGACACCAUCGUCCUGAGGUUCAUCCACCCUAAACCCGAUGUCAAACUGGAGGGCUACGUUCUGGGGUUUGGCAGCAACAUGUUCUCCAAGCACUACAUCCAGCUGCCCGAAAACGGGGAGCUCUAUGAGGCAGAAAUGGAUGCGGAGCCUAAGUACCUGGUUGCAGUGCAGCCCGCUCCACCCUACGACGUCAAGAAACAGUGUACCGGACAAGUUGACCUGGAGAGGCCCCUGCACCUGGUGAUUGGCACAGUGACACCCACCUCAGUACUGCUGUCCUGGGGAGCCAUACUGCACACACCCUUUCAAGGGAACAUUAUGGAUGACUGUCUGGACGAUGGCCACUACACCGUGCGCUACAGGGAGCGCAACAAGAAGUGGAACUAUCAGAUGUGCCCCACCACGGACACUGUGGUUGAUAACCUUGAGCCCAACACGCCAUACGAAUUUGGCGUCCGCGCCAACAAGGAGGACGAAAGUGGCCAGUGGAGCAAGCCUGUCGUUCAUAGCACUGACAUGACUGAGAAAAGCAUGCAAGAUCCCUACAUGCCAAGGACUCCAAAUGGAAACCCAGUGAAGCCAAAUCUGUCUGGAUCGCAAGCACUUUUUCCACCCAGACCAGCCAUUCAUAACAGGAACCAGACCAGACUGCCCCCCCUGCUCAAGAACCCUAGGUUCCCCGGAGGUCCCAGAACAUCUUUGGGACCUGCUUUGUUCUCUGCAGUGGCUCCUGGAGACCGUCCUGGAAUCUCUCCUAUCCCAAGAUCUAUCCCUCCUCAAGGGCCACAGUUGCCACUGGGAAGUGCAAACAAUGUUAUAAAUGUGUCGUCCCCGUCCAAAGACAUUCCUCCUGCCCUGCCCCAGCUCCUGUCCAUCAAACCCUUACCUACCUCUGCCACCCUCCUCCCUUAUCGCCCUUCAAAAAAUGGAAAGUCUCAGGGUCGGAUACCACCCAAGUUCCCCUACACCUCCAAGACUCACAGCCCCUUGGUUGCCGGCCAAUCAAGGAAAGGAUUCUCCCAGCCUGAGCCGGCCGCUGUGGCAGUUGACAGUAAAUACGGUGGUAAUGGUAAAACCAUCCCCAGAAAUACGACCUCCACCGCGGCUCAAGUUCCUUCGGCUGCCAUCUUGCAAUCAAAUAGGAGCUCAGUAUUCCGGGGGAGGGGUGUCCCUUUGCCCGCCCCUAAUGGCAGGAGACAACUUGCUCCACCUAGAGCAACUAACGCUUCCCAGGCCAUGAUGAAACCAGGGGUCAAUGGUGAACGCCAUAGGGGAAAUUGGUAUCCCAAACACAGAUUGCAAAAUGGGUCCCCCGUUCAGCACCCAAAAAUGCCCUACAAGAGGAAGUUGGACCUGGCAGGCAAACCUGGGACCAAAGACAAUGCCAAUGACAUCAAGAAACCCAAUUUAAAACCCAACCCAAAGCCAAAAUCUACUCCCUUGCCAAAGAAACCCAUCACUGAGAAGAAACCGAGCAUAGCUACUCCUCCUGCAAUUGAUGGUAGCCGGGAAGACAUCUGGGACAACUCUUCAGUGUUUACCUCUCUCCCUGCCAAAGACGUGGACGCUAUGGGCAAGAAGCGCUACGUAGCCCCACACGUGAAAUACUGGCCAGGCAAGAAGCCAGAAGAACCUUGCUCCAUCACCAACUCCUUGAAUUACUUCCCAGAGGAGUACGGGAUGGAGCAGAAUGUCACCGGCCCCCCCAGGCUGCCUCCCUCAAACCUCACUGUGCUCACAGUUGAAGGAUGCCCCUCUUUUGUCAUACUGGACUGGGAGAAAACAGACAAUGAGACCACAGAGUAUGAAGUCAUUUCCACGACUGAAGGUCCAGCUGGGAAAGAGGUCUCCAUUCUCACCACCAACAAGACGCACACCGCCGUGGAGAAUCUUAAACCAGAGAGCAGUUAUGAAUUCACGGUAAAACCCAAGAACGAACUUGGAUCGGGCCCUCCUACAGAACCUGUGUCGUUCAACACAGAGUCAGCUGACCCCCUCACAGGGAAAACCGCCAUUUGGACGGAGUAUUCAUUCAGGCCUGACAUCUACUCUGAGUGCAACGGGAAGCAGUAUGUGAAAAGGACGUGGUACCGCAAGUUUGUCGGAAUCCAACUUUGCAACUCCCUGAGAUACAAGAUAUACCUGGGUGACACUCUUUCAGGAAAGUUCUACAACAUUGGGGACCAAACGGGACAUGGCGAGGACCACUGCCAGUUUGUGGACUCCUACCUUGAUGGGAGGACAGGAAGCCAUCUCUAUGCUGAUCAGCUGCCCGUGAGAUCUGGAUUUUUCAGAGCAAUGCGACAGCAGCCAGUGUCUUUCGGCACGAUAGGUGGGAACUCACGCAUUCCUUAUGUGGCGUGGUACGAGUGCGGAAUACCAAUUCCCGGGAAGUGGUAGGAGAGAUGACCACCAUGGAUCAUGCUUGGGUGACUGCUCUGGAGAGAAGACACGCGCUGUACGAUCGAGGACUACAGUGAUUGAGUCUUCCAGCACCUAUAUAUAUGCGAAAGAAAAAAAAAAGGUGUACAGGAUGUAAAUGUCAAGGACUAUUCUUGAGUGCAUUUGGUGAUAUGUAAUGGAAACCUAGCCUCGUUAUUUACAGAACAGCACAAGAGGUACUGCAAAAGAACUAUUUACUAACAGAUGUAAACAGAAAAAAAUAUUUGGGAAGCUGGCUCCCAAAAAUUAUUUUGAUAACUUGUAUAUAAUAGUAUUUAUCAAAAGGGUUGUAAUUAAAUGUGCCUUGUGAUGUGUUACCACAAUUUUAGGGAAAGGGUUAGGUUAUGGUGCUUUAGUCACAAAGGCCAUGGUGUACAGUUUUAGACUUAUAAUGCCCUGUUUAGGGUCCAUAUUACCAUCAUAUAUCAUCAUCAUAUAGCAAGUGGAGGUUUUAAACAGACCGCUCCAUUAAGGAUUCACGUCACAGUUAAAUCUGGGAUCCUAAAAAGAUCAUGCCAUUUCAAUCCUUAGGCAGCAGUCAAAAGACUUUCCCACAAACGACAAUCUUAGACACAAUGUGUCUUUGGUAUUUUAAUGAGGCGGGGAGGCAGGUUUGACCAGAAUAAAUUAAUCUGCACUCUUAUAUUCUACAGUUUCUGCACAGAAAAUAAGCCUUCAGUACUCCCUGCAUCAACCCUGCUCUUUUGGGUAGCUAUAGACUUCAGGGUUUUUACAGUUGCAGUUUGCACAACAUAAAUUAAUUUAUAUGUAUAUUGAGAGAAAGGUAUUUUUGAAAACAAUUUUUAAAACUUGCGUUAAACCACCAUUCUCAAACGUCAAACCAUGGUUCCUUAUGUAUAACAUCUGAAGAUGUGGUAUUUAUGCAUUAUAGAUAUAAGCAACAUAAGAACAAAUAAAUUAAAAAUGAGACCAAUUUUGUACAUAGGUACUCGAUAGCAUCAAUGGAGGAUAAAUGUUUUAAUCAUAAUUUUUUUUGGAAGACAUUAACGUUAAUGUAUUAGUUUUUACCGCAUAUUCACGUAUCACAUUUUCAAUAAUAAUUUUUUAAAAUAAA